AUGGAUGACCCAGAAACCUGCAGAGGGGGGCCUCUGUUCUGUCCUGAAUGUCAGAUCCUACUUCCAUCUGAACUAAAGCUAGAGAUCAACACAGGUCCUCAAAGAAAAGUGCGAGAUGUCUUUGCACGAGAACAGCUAGAUCAAUCUUCCCAGAUGCCACCUUCAUCUAUCAUAUGUGACCACUGCAUUGAGAAAACAGAGGUGGCUGUGAAGAGCUGUCUCACCUGCGAUGCCUCGCUGUGUUCUGCUCACACUCUACUGCACCAACAGAGAGAGGCUUUCAGAUGGCACUCCCUCAUUGAGGUAACAGAGGAUUUGAUUUCCUUCAAGUGUAAGGAGCAUGGGGAGGAACUGAAGCUCUUUUGUCAGGAAGACCAGGCUCCUGUAUGCUGUCUGUGUAUUGUGGUUGGAUCACAUAAGAAUCACCAAGCUGUCAAGUUGCAGGAAGCAUGCUCAGAAUUCAAGAAAAACGCAGAAGCAUGCAGACUCAACAUAAUUGAGAAAUACAGGCAGAUAAAAACACUGAUUGAGGAGGAUGAGAAGCUGAUGUUGACCAUUCUGGAAACAGAGGAGUUUUACACCAACAAGUGGCUAAAAUGGAGAAGUGAAUCACUGCAGCGUCGAAUUGGAGAUUUUAACACUGUCCUAAAAUCAAGCCAGUCGCUCCUCCAGGAAGAGAAUGACAUCAUAUUUCUGCAGCUUCUCAAAAAGCAUGGAUUUGGGUCCAGAGUGGAUUUGCCACGUGUGCCAGUAAUUCAGCAAGAGUACAGCACCCCCGACAAGAUGAAGACAGUCAAACAUCUUGCUGACAACUUGCAAGAUGUUGUUUUUCAAAACACUAAGCGACUGUGGUCUAGUCUCAGAGAAAUAAGUCUAGAUCCAAAGACAGCGCACCCUGAGUUAGAAGUCUCAGCAGACAGCCUGGAGGUACACUGGAGUAAGAAACCAUCCCAAGACACGACACAGAAAACUCGCAUCACUUCUCAGUACAGUGUACGGGGCAAGGAGAGAUUCUCUAGCGGAUCUCACUAUUGGGAGGUGGCCGUAUGGAAGAAACCCUAUUGGUUGAUUGGUUUGUCAUAUGAGUCGGCCACUAGAGAAGAGAAUCUAGAUCAUUGCAGUCGUGGCUGUGAUUUGAAGAUGGAGAUGGAUCCCGUAAAGACGCCCACCAAAUUCUACAGCAAACAAUGUCUGUGA